AUGGAGGUCCCAAGGGCAAAUGUGCCUUUAGAGGUUGUUGUUGUCGGUGCUGGCAUCGGCGGUAUGGCGGCAGCCCUCACAUUAGGUUUGCGAGGGCACCAUGUCAUUGUCCUUGAAGCUGCGCCGAAGCUCAUGGAAGUGGGAGCUGGGAUUCAAGUAUCCCCAAACAUGUUGCGUUUAUUCGACCGAUGGGGCGUCUCGGACCUAAUUCACGCCCAAGACGUAGCCCUAGAGCACAUCCACGUCCGAAGAUGGGACGACGGCAAACUCCUCGGCACAAUGCCAGUGAACAAGACAUUCGGCCAACAAGUCGUUAUUCACCGCGCAGACCUGCACAAUGCUAUCAUUGAUAGGGCCUUAGCCCUGCCCAACGUUGAGCUGCGCGAGAACUCAACCGUCACAGACGUGCAGUUCUACCCAGCAAGUGUUAGUCUAGCCAAUGGCGAAAUCAUCCACGGAGACGUUAUAAUCGGUGCAGACGGCAUCAAGUCCACCAUCCGUAGCCACCUGCUCGAAGACUCGACUAUUCAAGCAGUUGCCACUGGCGACGCGGCGUACCGCAUCAUGCUACCCCGCCACAUUAUGGAGGAGGAUCCUGAAUUGAAGAAGCUCAUUGACGAGCCGCAGGCGACUCGUUGGCUUGGUCCUGAGCGACAUAUUAUCGCGUACCCUGUGCGAAAGCAUGAGCUGUACAACGUUGUUUUGCUUCAUCCCGAUGGCCAUGGUAUCGAAGAGUCUUGGACCACGAAGGGUUCCAAACAGGCUAUGGUUGACAACUAUGAUGGGUGGGAUAGCAGGGUGCGGAAACUUAUUGAUCUGGUCGAUGAUAAUGAAGUUUUGGAGUGGAAGUUGUGUCUGCAUCGUCCGCUAAGGACAUGGAUCCGGGGAUCUGUCGCUCUGAUCGGUGAUGCGUGUCAUCCCAUGCUUCCAUAUGUUGCCCAAGGUGCUGCCCAGGCUGUUGAAGAUGCGGCCGCACUUGGUGUCGUAUUGUCGGCCAUCUCAUCGCGCGAGGAGAUUUCACAUGCAUUGAGUGUUUAUGAAAGGUCCCGGAAGAAGCGUGCUGAGACGGUGCAGCAGUCCGGAUCGGAGAAUCGUAUUACGUUACAUUUGCCAGAUGGACCAGAGCAAAUUGCCCGAGACGCACAGUUCAAGGCUUCGGUCAGCGGAAAUAACCCCGAUAAGUGGUCGGAUCGUAGGACACAAGAGUUUCUUUGGGGCUGGGACGCAGAGAAGGCGGCGUUGGAUACUUGGAAUGAAUAUCAAGGACAGUUUAGGGCCAAUGCGAAUCUGUAG